AUGGCUGACCAGAACCCGACGGAGCCGAAUCAGUCCCUCGAUUCAAGACACGAGCUGCAAGAAUCGAGGAAGCGUCCGGGAAAUUCAUCCUCAAAUGCCCGGUACCCUCGUAAGAGGAGUCUGAAAGCUUGCCAUGUGUGUCGGGCAAGGAAAACCAAGUGCGACAAUGUGCGGCCCGCGUGUGGGUUUUGUGCGUCAGUAAAAAUUUCAUGCUCGUACGACGAUCUUGAAAAAGACCAUUCAGCGUUUGACCCUGCCAGUCUAGAAAUCCUUCGGCAGCUAGGCCAGAUACUCAAUUCGCAGGAUGAUCUACUACACGUUAUUCGCUCAGUCGCCGUAUCACAAUCACAACAUACAGCUUCAGCUCUCUCGCCCUCUGCUGCGAACAAUAUCCCAAUCCAUAGUGUUAACAACGCUCUGAGUUGGGAUAGUAAUGGCGCCGUGCAGCAUCAGGAUCCCUUCAUAGACAACGACUGGUUCGGUCAGCAACCAGACUCAGCAGCAACGACUCCUGCUGCUUCUACUGGUGUUGCCGCGGUUCAAUGGUUUGGAUUGUUGGCCAAAGAUGCAUCUCGUGAAACUUUUCAAGAUGCGGAUGUAGAGCCAGGUCUCGAAGGGGGCUUUCUCGAUCCAUUAAAUGACCAGUAUAAGGACGAUGCAACACCGCUGCAACGCGCAACUAAGAUCAUUGACAGCCAACCGCCAGAAAAAGACUUGGUAAUUGAUAGAGAGGAAGAUAUGUGGCAAGCACAGGAGAGCAUCUCAUUGCUUGAACGUGAACAGAUCUUGUUCGAAAACUUUCUACAUCGAAUAAGCUCUUGGCUUGACCUUUUCGACACUGCCCGCACAUUCUCAACCAUAGUACCACAUCUUGCCGCCCGGAAUGCAGGUCUGCUAAAUGCCAUCUUGGCUCUUUCGAGCUGCCACCAAUCGCUCGACGAAACUAUUCCUCUAGGAGAACGUGCGGACCUGAAUAUUGCACUUCAGUACUAUUACCAGACUCUACACUAUGUCCAAAAAGCCAUGCGCUAUUCGACAUACCAGAAUAGCCGGGAGCUGAUGGCGACAACUCUCAUAAUUUCCACUUACGAAAUGCUCCGAGGGUCUCGAAAGGACUGGCAGCAGCACCUCCAGGGAGUAUACUGGAUUCUACGGUCGCGGCAAAUUGAAGUGGAAACUUCGAGCCUCGAAAGUACAACCUGGUGGGCUUGGCUUCGUCAGGAUAUCUGGGUGGCUUUCCGCGAGAGGCGCCGUACAUACAGCACAUGGAUUCCCAAAAAGUCAUGCUCUGAGCUCAGCAAUCAUGAGUUGGCUUCACGCGCAGUCUGGAUUCUUGCACAAGUAAUAAACUUUUGUGCCGUUGACCUGGCCGUGGAAGAGACAGAAGGAAUGAUUAUAGGGAGGCUUGGAUGGGCAAAGGCACUCAAGAAGAUACUUCAAGAAUGGGAAUCGUGUCUGACAAUUGAGUUCUCAGAGCUGCCUGCUAUGAGUCGUCGAGGCAAUGAAGUAUUUAAGCCGCGCCUAAUACACCCUCAAUGCUUUGGCUUGGCGAUGCAGAUUCAUCAUAUUUCUAGAAUUCUCAUCUGCGCUCAUGAGCCAAGUCCUGGUGGCAUGACGAACUUCAUGAACCGCCAGAAGACGAUCCAGGAUAGCAUAGAGGUCGUCUGUGGCAUUGGUACGAUAAUUACAGAGGAUGCAUCCAGUAUGCUAUCCUCGCAGUGUCUUUUCAUUGCUGGAAAGUUCUUGCAAAAUCCUCAACAGAGAAGCCGUGUUCUCGAAAUGCUCGACUCGUGUCGGAAUAGGUGCGGGUGGCCAACACCGUCACUAAGCUCCGAGCUGGAACAAUUUUGGGCAAGCACGAACAAAGCUUGGUGGGAUUUACAAUCAUGA